CAGACUGUUCUAUUGUAUAUUCGCAACCGGAAUUCUUAGUCAUAAAAAUAAAGAGUAACGUGGAAGUGAAAGUUAAAGAAAGUUACACAGUGGGAAUUUCCCACUUUUUUUGCUUCGGGUUUUUGUGUAGACUGUAGCUUCUGGUCCUCAAUAAAAGAAUUUCCAGAAAUUAUGGAGGUUGACUCAGAAGAAUACACGUACAAGUUUGAAGACAAGAGAAGAUAUCAGGGACUAGCACUUGUUAUAGCAAACUUCACCAAAGGCCCUCACAAGAGGAAUGGCGCAGAGCAAGACCUCAAGUACAUGAAGAAGACAUUCAAGCGACUAGGAUUUAAAGUAUUUUAUGAAGAAAAUGUCACUACACCAGAGUUUCUUUCACUUUUGAAUCACUAUUCAAAAUCUGACACUUUGAAGAAUUAUGACUGCUUCGCAUUUGCUAUCAGCUCACAUGGAUUGGAGAGGGAGGAGAGAAAGGGGGGCUCUCUGGUGCACCACCAUGUCAUACAGAUGUUUGAUGACGAGUUUAUAGACACGAGUCAGAUUCUGGAUUAUUUCAGUCCAAAAAAGUGUAAAAUAAUGAAAGGGAAACCCAAACUGUUCUUCCUUCAGGCCUGUAGAAUUCCCGAGAGUAAAGCCUCUAAGGAUCAUUUGGAUGCUGGCAUUGGAUUUGAUCAUGGUUCCAGAACACACCCACAUCAUGGUGGGAGAGAAUUAGAAAAAGGUACAGCUUAUCGUGACAAGACUGAUUAUCGGGAGUCUGUGGAAGUUUCAAAUGAAGAAGUUAGUGAGGGAGAUGUAUCAGACACUGAUGUGGAGGAUGACCCUGACCUGGUGAUUGAGAAACCUCCAUCUUCUACAACCCUGGGGGGUCAAGAUACAGGAGACACUCUAGAAGUUCUGGAUCAGAGGCAGACAGAAAUAAUCACAAAUCUAAAACGAUUACAAAAUCAGACAUGGCAGCUAGGCCGGGUUUAUACAGCGACCGGAACCAAUCAGAUCAAAGAAUCAAAUUAUCAGGCCAAUCAGAUCAAAGAAUCAAAGUAUCAGGCCACAGAAGGAGAGGAUGAACAAAAAAUUCCGUUACAAGAGAGUAAAAAAACAGCGAAUGAGUCGGGUCGUAUGGAAGGAGUUGGAUUGCACCUGCCAACAGAGAGUCGUGGAUCAGGAGAUGAAUUAGAUCCUCCCCGUGGUGUACGACUGGAUCAAAGAGCGGCGCUCAACAUUACAGUUGUGCCCUGUCAUAAUGACAUGCUGAUCAUGUUUGCUUCUCCACAAGGCCUUUACGCCAUCAGAAGUAAAGAUCAUGGCAGCUACAUGUUAAAGAUUUUAUAUGAGUCAGUAGAACGAUAUUAUGGACAUGGGAAAUUAAGAAACAAUAAGACCAAUUUCCUGGAAGUUUUAAGAGACGUCACAGCAAAGAUGUCUGCUAAGACCUUCUUUGGUUCAAAGGAGUACACCAUCGUGCCAUGCAUUGUACACCAGCUCUCGAAAGACAUUGUCUUCCGUCAAGGACAAAUGAUGGUGGACUCCAAAUUUUCACUGAAGCUUCCUUCAUCCCUAGCAUCUAUUAUACGCUAGUUCCUGCGAGCAUGGUGAUGUACUCGUGAGAGGGCAUUCAUAAUCAUGAGAAAAAGAUAAAUGUGAAAAACCUCAAAUUAUUCCGUAGAAGUGGAUGUACACAUGUAUUUCAUCUUAAUUUUGAAGGAUUGUUUUGAUUGGUCCAUACUCUUUUAUGAAAGAGCAUGGAUUCACAUUUCACAUUUCAUGUAACAUAUCACAGAAUAUUUUGCAGAUACAUGUGGAAGUUCAGCUGUCUAAGGAUUCCUUUAUUACAACCGAAACUAGCAUGCAUUUGCUUUCUCCUGUGACGUCACUCUAUUGUAAUUUUAGCGCUCCAUUAUUUUUCAGGAAUGGAGAGUUUCAGACAACUACAGUGUACUUAGUGAUGUUCUGUUGAGUUCAAUAUUAUUUUUAUUAACAAGUUGCCCCUAACCCCCCUGACAUCUGCCACUGUUUUUCAAAUUAAAACCUAAAGACACAUGGGAGUUGAACUCAGACCUUUCACGUGAAAGGCAGAAACUCAAUCCACGAAGCCUCUAAGAAUGACGACAACCUUGGGAAAAUUAAACAAUAGAUGUUUCAUAUGACAAAACUCUAUACCAAUAUUCUUAAUUAUAUAUAAAAGUAUUUUUUAUAAUUCAUUGAAAGAAUUUCCUAAUAUGAGUUACAAUUAUUGUUAGAUUUAAACUAGGGGUGGAUUUUAAUAAAGUCAGUCCUCUUCAUUCCUUAAAAGGAAUGGACCUUGGCCACUACGGUGCCUCGGCUCCAUUAUCUUUAAGGAAUGGAGAGGUGCUCGGAUAUUAACCUGUACGUAAUGCUUGCUUAUUUGUAUUCCAGCAUCACUCAUUUACUGGAUUUCUCCGUGCUUUAUAUUCUCCACACAGUUAUGCUUAUUUAAGAGUUUAUUACAAUCUUUGUUGUACAUUACAUACAUUAUGAAAUAAAGUUUGCACAGUU